UGUGCAACCAAGCUGGCAUCUCAGACCACAAGUGGGACAGUAUCGGCAGCCCUUCUUUGUCCAUUUGGUCAAUUCAUCGUCCCCUGUGCGAGAUUGGGUUUUUGAUCAUCAGGACACUUGCCGUACCAAUUUUCAACUUGGUCAUCUCGCCAGCCAUGUCCAGCGUGGACCCAGCAAUCCUCGACGCACUGGGCCGCAAGUCGGAGCAGACAAAGAUAUCCAGCCAUGGUGGGUCUGGCUUCGCCUCGACAUUCAGACUCUCAUCGGUGAAGAGUGAUGGUCAGACAGUCAACUACUUUGUCAAGACGGGGAGUGGACCCGAGGCGGAUGUAAUGUUUACUGGCGAGCACGCGUCGCUCAACGCAAUCCACAGCGCCGUGCCCAACUUGUGUCCCAAGUCUUACGCCCACGGCGUCUUCUCGUCCGACGCCAACAAGUUCUUCCUGGUGACCGACUUUAUCGACCUGCACUCAAAGUCCCACCCGGGAGGAUCUGGCGAGUCCCUGGCCCGCAAGCUCGCUCGGCUGCACACCACCACUGCUGGUGGCCCCACGGCGGCCAAGGAUGAGGAGGAGGAGGGACGGCGGCAGUUUGGCUUCCCGGUGACGACAUGCUGCGGAUCCACGCCGCAGGACAACUCGUGGAAGGCGUCCUGGCCCGAGUUCUACGCGGACAACCGCCUCCGCGCCGUGCUGCGUGCCGGGCUCAAGAACCACCACCACGACGCGGAGCUGUCCGACGCCGUCGAGGCGACCGCGGCAAGAGUCGUUCCGCGGCUCCUGGGUGCCGUGGACGCCAUCGAGCCCAUCAGGCCCGUCGUGGUGCACGGCGACCUGUGGAGCGGGAACCACGGGCGCGGGAGGAUCGGGGGCGAGGGGGGCACCGAGGAGGUCGUGUUCGACGCGUCGGCCGUGUACGGCCACUCCGAGUACGAGCUGGGCAUCAUGGCCAUGUUUGGCGGGUUCUCGAGCGCCUUCUGGGACGAGUACCUCCGGUAUGUGCCCAAGGCGGAGCCGGUUGCCGAGUGGGAAGACCGGAGGUCGCUUUAUGAGUUAUACCAUCAUCUGAACCACUGGGCCAUGUUUGGAGGCAGCUACCGAAGCGGCGCCAUGUCUAUUAUGAAGAGGCUUAUUUCAAAGUAUGGUUCAUAAGCAGAAAGGGGGAUAUCGGCAGGUUUAAAAGAAGAAAUAACAACUACAUCGUCUCAGAUUGACCUGCAGAUAUCAACGUCACAUAAAAUAGUAACAUUUGCUUCGUCCGGUCCCCUCACCCAAACGGAGGCUGACAUCCAUC